AUGUUUUCGGAAAAAGAAGUCAAGACAGUACCUGGCACACCGGAGGUCACAGAUCUAGCACCUAUUGCUGUAGAUAUUAAUGAGUCCUGCGACGCAAAUUCAACAUCAAUGAAGGCUCGGGUUAGUGGAUGUCUUCAAGUCCUUGGUGCUUUCUUUAUAUUCUUCAAUGUUUGGUUUGUGAAUCCACCAGUUGGCGCUGAAUUUAAGAACUCACUGCUAUCUAGGGGGUUGAGUUUCGCAUUUGGAUCGUUCCAAAGCUUCUAUGCACUCACGUUUAUCUCAUCAUCAACAGCAUCCAACAUCGCCUGGAUUGGUACUAUCCAAUCAUGGCUCCUAAUUGUCGGUGGCCUAUUAUCGGGCCCGCUCUUUGAUCUCGGCUACUACCAGAGCAUGGUUUUUGUUGGUAGUUUCUUGGGUGUCCUCGGUAUGAUGAUGCUCAGUCUUGCAGAUCAGUACUAUGCGAUAUUCUUGAGUCAGGGAUGUGGCAUUGGUCAGUCGGUCUUUUACAUCGAGGAGAGCUGUCGCUUUGGGUGUAUCGACUAG